AUGUUAAACAGUGCCACCAACUCUGAAGACAACACGGCCAACUCUGGAAAAAAAUAUCUCUUCAAGUGCACCCAUUGUGAGAAAGGUUUCUCCUCCGGUCAGGCCUUGGGUGGUCACCAAAACGCCCACAGCUACCAAAAUAAUCAGUUCAUAGGGAGAUUCGCAAAUGCCAUUGGAACCUAUGGAAGUAACCCUUAUGUUACUGUUGCUCUAUCAGAGGUCCAGCCAGCUGCUGCGGCUACCUACCAGUUGUCAGAAGUGGAUAAUCAGCUGAAUGAGGCUGAACAGGGUUUUAUUAACGUUACAAGAGAUUAUCUAGCUGAGUGGGAAAAUAAUGAUACUACUAAUUGUAGUGGUGCAGGUAAGGAAGUGACUUCUGAGCAAAGGGAUGAUGACACUACUACAAAAUUACCUAUAACUGACGGUCCUAAAACCGACAAGAAAACCUAA